UGUGAACGUAGCCAUCCCCCACGUAAUCCCAGACUUGCUGGGUCUGAACCUCGAUGGCAUAGGCGUGGAGGGUGGCCAGGUAAUGGUUUCGAGAAUGGUGGGCAUGAUACCGGCCGCACCCUACGUAGGCACAAACCAGGCAGACCCACAGGUCGGUGGUCCGCCCGC